UACAUACAUUAGACUCAUCAAUAAAUCAAUACAUAUUUAGGUGCACCAGACACUACGAACUUCGCUAUGGAUAGAGAAGCAGGGCUCACCAAUCGACGUGUACCUACUCAGAUAGACGACACGGAUGUAGUAGAUAAUCAAAACGACCUUAUUGUUGAGCUACAGCAACUUCGAUCAGACAACCUGAAAUUGUCCACUGCUGUUCUCGCACUCAGAGAGAGUAGAUGCAGGUGCGAGCAGGAUAAAUACAACGAAGCGUUGCUUAGCAACUCACACGAUCACGAAACCAUCAUCUCAGACGAGGAUACGGACAGUCCCAUUGGUAGUAGUAUAGGACACGGCCACGGGCACGAUAUCCCUCUGUUAGAUGUCAGUUACAAAAGGAUAAGCGCCGUUCACCUGGCGGGUACUAGGAUUCUGUGGCUGUCGCUGUUUCUGGCGUCUCUGGCCCUCACUGCGGUGGUCAUGGAGAGUUUCGAACACAUCCUAGCGUCGCAGAUUGAGCUGGCCUUCUUUGUGCCCCUGAUGAUUGGCCAUGGCGGUAAUGUGGGGGGGCAGACAGUUGGCACAGUCUUGUCGGCGCUUUCAUCCCAAAAAAUAAAGCGAAAAGACAUGCUGUCCGUACUAUUGAAGGAGUCCAUAUCCGGUCUGCUGGUGGGCUGUGCCCUGGGCUUCCUAUCGGCCUUUGCGACGAGUUUCCUGAUGGGUGUGAGUGAGCCUGUAUCUGUGGUGGUGUUCGCUACACUACCUGUACUGUCGGUUACUGCGUCUGGGCUGGCAUCCACACUCCCGUUCCUAUGCAUGUACCUUGGACUGGAUGCCGCAGUAGUUUCUGCGCCGCUGAUGACCACUCUGGUGGACGUCCUGGGUCUUGUGUCGUACUUUAUGAUUGCUCGUGGCGUCUUCAGUUGGUACGGGAUGCGCUUCUGAUGUGAAGGACACUGAAGGGAAUCUCCAGGCUGAGGGAUCUCUGGCGAAGCAACCAAAUCUUCUCGAGUCGUACUCGACCUAAUUUAAAGAGAUAUUUGUACCAGCUUCAAUCAGCAGUAUAUGUCAUCUAUCGUAGCAUAUAUGCGUCCGUGUGGUACUAGCGAACCAAAAGAAAGGGGAAGAUGCAUAAAGCGGGAACGAUAUGCAAUACGAUGAGGGUGGUAGUUAGCUACAAUUAGCAGAAUGAGGCCGAGUCAACUGUAUGAAGCAUCUAUUGUAUAUGAGAAAAGCAUCUCAGGCAGCACGGGCAAAGAAAAUGCGCGUGGAUAAAGAUAAUGGGAGUGACAACGUCUACAGGAAAGCUCCAACGACAAAACGGAAACAAUUAACUUUAGUGAAUGAAACUAAUAAAGUAAAGUACCGAGAA